AUGGCAUCGCGAUUCCCUCCAUCUUCCGGGUUCAACUCCCGUGACCGCUCUCCUCAGCGCUUUGGGGAUCGCCGUCCCCAAGGCGCCCGCGGCCUCGACGAUGCCAGUCCUUCAUUCGGCAGAGAACCCCCGCGAGGCCCCCGUGCUCUAGUCGAUUCUCCUCGAGGUGGCCCUUAUGGUGGUGGCGGCGGUGGCCGUGGCCGUGGAUAUGGCCGAGGCGACUUUCGAGACCGGGAUCGCGACCUUCGAGAUCGAGAUCGAGACCGCGACUUUCGAGACAACCGCGAUGGUCCCCCAUUUCGACGGGACAUGGAUCGCGAUUGGAAUCGCCGAGACCGAGAUUUUGACCUCAGAGACAACCGUGGUGGCUUCGGUCGAGGUCGCUCACGAUCCCCCACGCGCGACUUUCGCGACAUGAGAGAACCCCCAGGCCGCGAUUUCGAUUUGGUGGCCGAGGCCGAGGACGCCCUCUUUUCCACGAUGAUCGUGACUUGUUUCGACGACGGAGUCGAUCUCGCGAUGCAUGGCGAGAUCGUGCACGGGACAGGAUCCCCGACCGUUUACCUGACAGAUUACCUGACCGACUACCGGAUCGUUUACCUGAUCGUUUACCCGACCGUUUACCCGAUCGUCUACCUGAACGUUUACCUGACCGCUUGCCUGACCGGAUACCUGACCGGGUGCCUGAUCAUCGAGAUCGUGAGCGAGAUAUACGCGACCGAGACCGGGACAGAGACCGCGAACGUGAUACCGAGCGACGAGAUCGAUUCGAUCGGCGAGAAGAUUGGGACAAUCGCCGCCCUGAACGUGAUGAUCGGGAUCGGCCAUUGGAACCCUGGAAAAGAGGAGACCACCCCCCUCCCCGAGCAGACAAUCGUGGCUCUCGAACGCUCAGAGCCCCCUUCUCGCCCGGAACCGCCAAAAGAGCCGGCAUCUGUUCCUCAGCAAAAUUCACCUCCCCCGUCAGCUCCCCAAGUUCCUGCGUUCGGAUCUGUGUCAGCUCCCAUCCCAACUUUGCCAACGGCCAAAGGACCUCCAGAAGGACGCAAAGGAAGCGAUGCAUCGGCACAAGCAGAGAAAGACCGCCCAGACGGACCACCUGCUCUCUCGGUGCAACCUCCAACUGGUCCGAAGGCCGAACGGAGAGAGUCAUCCCAGCAAGCAGAUCCAAUUCGACCCCAGGAAGAGCCAGCUCGUGCUGUACGGGCAUCUACGCACCUAUCUGAUCGAUCCCCCCCAACUGCCCCGGCUGCAAUGGCCAAGCGGGAUUCAAUGUCAGGACCAACCGAACCACAUAUCCCCGUGAAGCCAAGUUCAAUAACGUCUUCCCCAACUUUUGCCCGACUACCUCCACCAGGUCCUCGGGCUUCAUCGAAAGAGCCAUCCAUCUCUCCUCGAAUGUCCACAGCAAACAUCCCAACUGCCCCUCGAGCAUAUCACCAACGACAAGCUCCUUCGCCACGGGGACCGAACAAGAGCAACAAACCAUGGGUUCGUCGCAGCUUCAGUCGCGGUCCAUCUGUUCCGAACGUGCCCCCGAAGAAGGAGAGUGAGGAGCGCGAGAGUAUUCUUCCAGCCGAAAAGGAAAAACCCCAUCCAGAAAGAAGAACCGAAACUCCGGAACCUGCAGCAACCCAACAGGAUAGCGGCAAGCCCUCCAUCACGGCCGCCACAGAGACGCAGCCCGCCGCCCGUGCCGACAGUCGAAGAAGGACCUGGAGUGAGCCCGAACAACCGGAAAAGAAGGAAAAUCCCGCUGUUAUUCCCGACGACUUUGGGCAAUCGACCGACGAGGAGGAGGAAGAAAACGCCCUCUUCACCCAGGAAUAUUUAGAGGAACGGAAGCGAAUAUUCGAAAAGGACAUGCAAGCUCUUCGAGCGGAAUUGCCCCCUUCGCCGUUGGAAGAUCCCACUAUUCUGGCUCUCUUGCGCCGCAUCCAGAUUCUCGGAAGGAUCGCACAAGAAGAAGUAUCGGAGCAGCCCUCUGAACCGCUUCCUUCAGUGGAGGACGACGAACAAGGACCCACUGCAACGACACUUACGCAAAACAACGAGCGAGUUGUCUCAUUCGCCCCCGCCAAAGAACCGUCCCCGGUGCCCCAAACGUUCGUUCCUCCUGUCGUCCCUCACGACGAGAUCACCCUUGAUAGCCUUCCCUUUUUGAAUUCGGGACCACCAACUCCCAUCUCUGAUAUGGAAGUCACCCAUGAAAAUGCUACCCACCUCGACCUCUUCAAAGAUGCGUUCCGCAAUGAGCUUUCCCAACGGCAGAAGCAAAUCGCAAAGAAGAAUGCAGCUUUGCGAGAGGAAUAUAUGUCUUAUUAUAAACCUUGGAGACUGGAUAUAUGGGAGAUGGAUCGCAGAAAGGACAAGAAGCCGAUCACGCCGGCUCCCGCAACACCGCCAGCACCGACUCUUCCUCCCACUCCUGCAGCCAUCCCUGAAGGUCGCGAGGGACGCCGGUACAAGGGCAACAGCGAGCUAGAUUUUCUCAACGCGCUCAAGGCCUCGGAAAUAUCCGCACAAGAAGAACUGGAGCGUCGGCGCACUAAGGAGGCGACGGCACGUCCGGAUUUGGCUCGGGAAGCCAUUAUCCCGGACAUGUUUGAACCAUUUGAAGAACAGGCCAGUAUCUAUAAAGAUUUCAAUAACACAAUCGACGUCCAUCAUGCUAUGGAUGUCUUCGGCUUCCUGCCGCCGCCCAAUGAUUUCACUAAGGAGGAGCAUGUCAUCUUCACCGAUGCCUUCAUGGCGCAUCCCAAAAGAUGGGGCAAGAUUGCCGAGUCCCUUCCAGGUAGGGAUUAUCGUCAGUGCAUCGUGCACUAUUAUCUCACCAAAGAAGAGAUCAAGUACAAGGCGAAGCUCAACAAACGGUGGAGUCGUCGGGGCCGAGGAAAGACUCGAUCUACUCGACCCAAAUCUAACGCUCUUAUUGCCGAUCUUGGGGUCGUCAAACCCGAUCUCGAUGGUGAAGAUGAGACCCCCCAGAUUACAGAGACAGGACGACCACGGCGCGCUGCCGCACCUACUUUUGGUGAUUCGAAUGACUCCGAAGGUGUUGCCCCUGCUCGCCGAGGCCAAACUGGCAAAGAUGGUGAGCCCAUUGAGAAGACCACCACUAGCCGACGUGGUGGACGUGGAGGAGCUCGCACCCAAAGACGCGUGAAGACCGGACAGCAAGACCCCAAAGCCCAAGGCGCGCCGCCAGGGAUCGUUCCUCUUGCAGCUCUCCCAAGUGCAGAAUUGGGCCCGGAGGUGAUGAUGGAGAGUGCCCCUGGGCCCCCUCAAGAGCGGGAAGUCGUCGACAAAGACAGUCUACCUCCGAACUCUCGCCCGAGGCCAGGCCGCGGAAGAGCCAAAGAAGGCAUGUAUGUCUUCGAAUCCACCGAAGCCGAGCCAAUCAUGGCGCCCAAGCCAUCGGACACUGGCUAUGGAUCUCUGCAACCGACGAGCUACUGGUCGGUGCCUGAGCAGCGUGACUUUCCGCGACUGUUGUCACAUUUUGGUCGCGAUUUCGAAGGAAUCUCAAAUUUCAUGAAAACUAAGACGACAGUGAUGGUCAAAAACUAUUACCAGCGCCGUUUGGAUUCGGGUCAAAAGGAUUUUGAAGACUUAAUAGUAGCCGCAGAAGACAAAAAAUCACGAGGAGAGGAUACCGGUCCCCUUCCCGUGCCCAGUGUAGCACCAAAGCGGCGCUACGAGGCGACUCCAUCUGCCAUCGUUCCUCGUCCAUUGGCACCCCACGGCGAGCUCAUGGCCGAGGCAGACGACUCGCGGUUCCCCAAGGGUAAACCUCUCGCGAUGUCUCCACAGCCAGUAUCACUCCAUGGUCGCCCAAUAUCGGAGAAUGAGCGCAGCGCAGGUCGCUAUCCGACACUCGCACAGGCAUCCGCUGCCACUGCUGUGCCACCUGUGGCCGCCACUCUUGGCGACGACGCUGCUCGCGCUAUGCGAGCUCAGGCAGGACCGCCAUCUCGUAUGCCGGGCCCACGACUUGGAUACUUCACCGAGGACCGGAGGGACUCGACACUAUUGCCGCAUUCAUCUGCACGGGCCCAAGAUAUUUCUCACCAUGGCUCCGGUGCACCCUUACCUGCAGACUUGGCUCGGAUGGACCCUAUGGCCCAGUCUGCCUAUAUGUCCACGCAGACCCCUACUCUCCUGCCCCCAAGUCAUUCUCGCCACCCCAGCCUGACCCAACCUGGAUCGCCAACCCAGCUAUCCCGACCGGAUCUCGAGAUCCCCUCGACGCAUCGCGACCCGUUCGGCCAGAGACAAUUCUAUCCCCUUUCAAGUCAAUCAAUGGGCAUGUCCCACUCCCCUCGACCUGUUUUGUCUCCCGUCAAAGAUAUCUCGCGAGCGAGUCUGACGCCCGCUCCCGAGGCUCCUCGUCAUGUGCCAGCGAAACGCUCUAAUAUCAUGAGCAUUCUCAACGAUGAGCCCGAAGAACCUCAGCCCCGAAAGCGAUUUGCCAGUGAAGCACCCUCUGCCCCUAUAUCGAGCUCCAUCCCUCCAUCAAGAUCCGCCUACCCACAAGCAGGCUCUGCUCGUCCUGAAGAGGCUACCAAGCCGGCUGGCUUUGGGCAGCAUGGCCAAUAUCCUCCAUCGCGUGGCUAUGCUGAAUACUCCAGCUACGGACCUCCCACUGGCGGACCAGCGACGCCGGCAAAUAACGACUGGAUGGCGCGAUUUGACCCCAGGGCACAGCAAGGUGGUCCGCCUGCGCAGACUCAGCCAGCACCGCAGCCAAGUGGUCGCCCGGCUGCUCAAGGUCCUUUUGCGCACUUCGGCUCGGCCUCUGCCCAGGCAGGACCCGGCUCCUUGAACAGUCUUCCUGUCCCAUCCCCCGCACCGACACCGCCACCUGCUGCUUCCCAGAGGCCUGCUUAUCCGAAUGUAUUUGGGCAAGCACCCGUUGGUCAGCCAGGAGCGUCUGGCUCUCGUGAGAUGCCACCUCAGCCUUCAACUUACCGAACCGGCUCACCUCCGCCACGAGCGAGCAGUGCCGCGUUCGGCUCGCGGGAAGUCCCGACACCGUCUCAAUCUUCACCGGGUCUAUUUGGAAUGCCCCCUCGCCAACCAGGCUCGCAGUCCUCGUACGGCCCGGGUGCAUCUUCUAACUCGUCCGCGACACAGCCACACAGCCAGAGCUACCAACAACAUGUCCAGACUCUGGUCAAUGGCUCUCAUCGCUCCACCCCGGUCAACAUGCCCGGUGGACCUCCGCAGUAUGGACAUAGCACUCCGCCGCCGCAAGCCCAAGGGGUGAGCGGCAGUGGCAUGGGCUACGCACCUCCACCCCCAUCCUCGUCGUCAGGAGCCAUGCCACCCCUCCACCAACGGCCACCGGGGUCAGGUUCGCUGGGCGAAUCUGUCUCUACACCGAAUCACCACCGAGUCUAUAGUCAGGGCUCGGCACAGGGUGGGCUGCCAGGGCCUCUGCACCCAUCGUCGCAACCGCCCCGCUAG